AUGCAAUUUUCCGAACAGGGACAGGGAGCCAUAGAAGACGAAUUCGUGUUGGCGUCAACUAAUCUAAUGAGCAAACAUGAGCCAAUGUUUAUUUCACGUUCGGAGACUUUCAAAUUCGUUGCCGGUGAUACAAUAAGAUUGCCGUGUGAAGUUGCCAAUACAGAUCCCUAUGUGGUCGCAUGGAAGCGCGGCAUCGCCAUUCUAACCGCCGGCAAUGUGAAAGUAACUCCGGAUCCACGUGUGUCGCGUGCCGAGCGAUUCAAUUUACAAAUUCGCGAUGCUGUGCCACAGGAUGCCGGCGACUACAUCUGUCAGAUAGCCACAAUGGAGCCACGGGAAAUUACGCACACUGUUGAAAUUUUGGUGCCACCAAGGAUCCAUCACAUUAGCACUGGCGGACAUUUGCAAGUCAAAAAGGGCUCUUCGGUGCGUAUUGAGUGCUCGGCCUCCGGUAAUCCGACGCCGAAUGUAACUUGGAGUCGUAAGAAUAAUAUAUUGCCCAAUGGCGAAGAGAAACUACACUCACACAUCCUGUCAAUCGAGAACGUGGACCGGCACAAGGGCGGCGUCUAUAUUUGCACAGCCAACAAUGGUGUUGGACAACCGGCAUCCAGUCAAGUCGUCCUGCACGUCCUGUAUCCCCCGGAAAUAUCUGUAGAGCGUCCCAUAGUAUUCUCUGGCGAAGGGCACGAGGCCAUGCUGGUGUGCAUAGUUCAUGGAGAAACGCAACCUGAGGUCCUUUGGUUCAAAGACACCAUGCAGCUGGACACCACCGAACGUCACAUCAUGGAGAAUCGUGGCUCACGUCAUACACUGAUUAUACGGAAGGUGCAUCCCCAGGACUUUGGUAAUUAUUCUUGUGUGGCUGAAAAUCAACUUGGGAAAGCACGAAAAACUUUGCAACUGAGCGGGAAACCAAAUGUUGCCGUCUUCAACUCGCCGCCAAUCAGUCAGUACAAGGACAGAUACAACAUCUCUUGGACCGUAGACUCGCACACACCCAUCGAAGAGUACAAAUUAUCCUUCCGAAGGUUACCGCAAGGACAUGAGGUCGACAACUCCAUCGAUACACUCUCGGGUUCAUCCUCUUCAACGCUGCUACAGAUGUAUGGUGGCGGUGGCGGUGGCGUCAGUAGUGUGGGCGGCGGUCUGCUCGGUAGCCAACAUAAUCAUCGUCUCGGCAGCGGUUUGGGUUCCAGUCUUAGCAGCUAUGGCAACGUAAUGCAUUGGGGUCGCAACGAUUGGCGCGACGUGGUGCUGCCUGCGAUGCCAUUGUCACAUCAUUACACGCAAGGAAUGAGCUACAUGAUACGCGGCCUGGAUCCUGACCAACACUACGAGGCCACCGUGCAAGCGAGGAAUCGUUAUGGUUGGAGUGAUUUGACGCACAGUUUCCUCUUCUCAACAUCUUCGAAUGACAAUGAGAUGCGCGACCUGAGUGUCACAUUCUACGGUAGCGGCGCCACCCACAAACUCCGAUUAAGCCUCACCACCCUCUCAUGUACGACCUUAGUUUUAGCAAAACUCAUCAAAUGCUUUUGGGCCUAAAUAUGGCCGCAGAGCUGAGCUGAGCUGGUGUAGAGUCUGAACAAGUGACGCUUGAGUAGAAAUUUUACUAAAUACUUCGUUCAAAGGACAAAGUUGAUAUUAUGCAAUCACAGAGUACUUUUAUAAAGCCAAAGGAAAGCAGAGUAGAAUGCGAAGGGGAUAAAGUAAUGAACAUUAAAAUUUGUAACUAAGGAUUUCAUGUAUGGCCUCAGUUUCUUUGUAAGAGAGAGAGAGUAAGUGAAGGCAAAAUGUCACAGACUUC